AUCACAGUUUUGAAGGUAGAGCUUAUCUUAGCUUAAAACUUUUCGUUCGAAAAAGGCUGAAUAUAGUAAUAACAUCGUAAACAUGAAAACGUUUAUAGCUAUUCUUGCCGUUUGCUCAGUGUUGUCUGUCACUGCAGCAUACAAACCAUACUGUCCGUAUAAUAAACCUGACUGUUCAUUGGUUCGCUGUGCCCUUCCCCUUUGCCCGGAAGGAGUCAAGUAUCAUUAUCCACGCUGCAGUUGCUGUCCGGUUUGCGGAGGAGGAUAUGGAGAUAAAUGUGGAGGAACUUAUGGAAACUGUAGACCAGGAUUGAUCUGUUACAGACCGCUUUGUAAAUGGCAUUUGUCCGUAUUGAAACCCGGUGUCUGCAUAUAUGAAUAUUCCUACAGUUUCCAAUCAAUCACUCCAUGCUACUUGGAUUUUGCACUGCCAUAAACAAACUUAUGACAAGAAAAUAUUUGAAUGAACCAUAACAAUAUUUAUUUGACAAAACGAUUAUUGAUAUAGUGAAUUUUUGUGAAAUAAAUCUGAGUAUGAACGAGUGUCA